ACAUACAUGAAAGUUUAAAAAAAAAAAGAUAAUUUAAUCCCAUAUCGAGUUGCUUUGAGAAAAAGGACAGUCUAUCCCUUCUCCUCGAGCAAUUUGGGAAGAAGUUGGGCUUGGGAGAGAAGAGGAGCACUAUGUCAGUAGGAUCCUGGGGGUGAUGGAGUGAGCUGGUAGAGAACUGAAAAGCACUAAGGUAGUGAUCACCUCAGGGAAGAAGUAUUCCAUGCCACCCCAAAACUUUCAUGACUGCAAAACCCCAUUUAUUCAACACUAGUUAUAACUUUAGGAAAAUCUUAACUGUGAUACUACUACCUGCCAUCAAGGUAUUCUUUUCAUUUUGAAAUAAGGUCUCAGUUGAGAUCUUAUUACUGAUGUGUACAUAAUGAACUUAAUAUUUAUUGAAGUGUUUGCUUUAUGAGACUUUAUGAGACUAAAUGCCUCCACAGAGUGCUUAAUUAUAUUGGUUUACUUUCAGCAUAGCAGGACCAGAAAAAGUGAUAUCUUAUGUAGCUAUUGGAAGAUACUGGACUGGACAUAGUAACAUACACCUAUAAUCCCUGCUCCUUGAGAAGACUGAGGCUGAUGGAUCCUUUGAGUUUGAGUUCUGAGUUGUAAUAGGGUUAAGUUGAACAGAUAUGCACAUUAAGUUUGGAAUCAGUAGGAAGAGCUAGGGAACAGAGGUUGCCCAAGAAGGAAAAAACAGUCCAAGUUGGAAAAAUGGAACAGAGUACCGUACCAACACUCUGGUGCAACUGUUACAAACAGCCAGGCAAGUCAGACAUCAGAAUGGAAGGCAAGUGCUGCAGUUGGCUUGGACCACGGAUUGCAUCAGUGGCUUCCACAAGUCUUCUGGGGGUCACAUUUGUGGCUUUAAGUUCAAGUCGUAUUCUGUUGAUGAAACUCUCAGCCAAUGAAGAGAAUAAAUAUGAUUAUCUUCCUACAACUGUCAACAUGUGUUCAGAACUUGUGAAGUUGACCUUUUGUGUGGCUAUGGCACUCUGGGUUGUAAAGAAAGAGGACUAUCAGUGUAAAGAUUUUGGAUGUGCAUCUUGGAGAGAUCUCUGCCAUUAUAUGAAGUGGUCCAUUCCUGCCUUCCUUUAUUUUCUGGAUAAUCUGAUUGUCUUCUAUGUCCUGUCCUAUCUUCAGCCUGCCAUGGCUGUGCUCUUCUCAAAUUUUAGCAUUAUAACAACAGCUCUUCUAUUCAGGAUAGUGCUAAAGCGACAUCUCACCUGGAUACAGUGGGCUUCUCUGAUGAUUCUUUUUUUGUCAAUUGUUGCCCUGACUAGAGGGACUGAAAAUAUACACUUGGCAAGACAUAGAUUUCAUCACAAUGUAUUUCUCAGUUCAUCCAACUCUUGCUUCCUCCUCACAAGGCCACUAAAUGAGUGCCAUGGAAAAGACAAUUGUACAGCAAAGCAAUGGACUUUUCCUGAAGUGAAAUGGAAUACCACAGCCGGGACUUUCAGUCGUAUCCGCCUGGGCCUGGGACAUGUACUUGUGGUGGUUCAGUGUUUUAUUUCCUCGAUGGCCAACAUCUAUAAUGAAAAGAUAUUGAAGGAAGGGGAUCAACUCACUCAAAAUAUCUUCAUACAAAAUAGUAAACUCUAUGCCUUUGGAGUGAUUUUCAAUGGAUUGACUUUAAGCCUUCAGAUCAGUAACCAUGGCCAGAUGGAGAAUUGUGGAAUUUUUUAUGGCCACAAUGCAUUUUCAGUAGCACUUAUUUUUGUCACUGCUCUCCAGGGUCUUUCAGUAGCCUUUAUUUUGAAAUUUCUGGAUAAUAUGUUCCAUGUUCUAAUGGCCCAAGUCACAACAGUGAUAAUCACUACAAUAUCUGUCCUAAUCUUUGACUUCAAACCAUCUUUGGAGUUCUUUCUGGAAGCCCCAACAGUCCUUCUUUCUAUAUUUAUUUAUAACUCUGGUAAAUCUAGAAGUCUGGAAUAUGCUUCUAUUCAAGAAAGGAUCAAAGAUCUAAGUGGCAAUCUCUGGGAACGAUCAAGUGGGGAUGGAGAAGAACUGGAACUUCUGACUAAACCUAGCAGUGACAAUGAAUCAGAAGAUGAUGCUUUCUAGCUGGGACCAAAAACAAAUGGCAAUUCUUAAGAAUACGCUAUUAAUUUUGAAUGUUUUUCUUUUCAUUUACAACUUUUUCAUUUUUUAUUUUGCUAAGAAAUAUCAAAGGCUCAAGGAAAUAACUAUGGUAUUGAGGCACAGUUGUCCUAGCCCCCCACUUUAUAAUUUAAUGUGAAAUAUUUACAUAGCAUCCUUUUAACUACUCCUCUAAACUUGUAGGAAAAACUCAUGUCGGUCCAUCAAAGACCUGUAUUUUUAUCAGUGUAGCAGCCCCUUCCAUGAAUACAAAUCAUAACCUGCUCUAGUUUAUAGUUUCAGAAUUUCCCAAAAUUCAGAGAGGUUAUGAUUUGCAGUGAGUAGAUGCCUUACCAAAAAUGAACCUCACGGCUCUUUUGCUACUGAGGGACAAUUUAAAUCUUUAUUAUUCUCUUUGUAUAAAUACCCUUUACCUUAAAUACCCUUACUUUUUGAGAGUAGAGUUAUCUCUUUAUUUUUCUCUUAAGGGUCUUGGGAACCCUUAAUCAAAUUUUUGCUCUAAAGAAUGCAAAUUUCUGACGCUCAGAAGACUGUGGAAUUUGUGUAUUAUUUUUUCCUUUUGCCAAAGAAUUUUUUUUUUUUUAAACCAAAUGUCCAAAUGUGAAUUUUAUGGGAUUCAUGAGCAGUAAGUUUUUGGUGAUUGUUGUGUAAACUGUUUAAGUGAACAACAAUUUAAAUCAAAGUAGAAUUUCCAGAUCACCAUAGUUGUUACUUGUACCCAAUAGUUUAUUCAUUGGAACAAGCUGAAUUUUUCUCUCUAUUAAAAAAUAUCAAGUUUGCUAUUUUUGAAUACAGUUAAAUUUCAAUGGAUAAUAUUUUUAUUAAUAUAUUUGUGAAUUUUUAAGCAGGAUGACUGGUGUAUGUGUGUCUGUAUCCUGUAUUACACUUUUUUUCUAAGAGAAAAUUAGAACAGUGUGAUUAUAGUUCUGAUCCCUGCAGUCCUCAAGUGGAGGACUUUGAAAACUAGUAUUGGUAUUGCACAGUUAGCAACGAAUUAUUUUAAAACAAAAAUACUUAAAAAUAAAACAUUUUAUAAUAA